GCUCGAGGGGCGUUAAACGCUGCAAAUGACAGACUGUGACCGCGCGGCCGCUGUUGCAAAGGGCGUGGACAUUAUUUCAUUAUUUUUUCAUCCUUAUUAUUUUUAUUAUGGUAAUUAUAAAUCCAUCAGUCUCUCGGCUGCCGCUGCGCGCAGCGAAGGAUGCGCUCAUCACCUUGCGGAAGUGAGAUCUAAAUGGAGAAAGACCGUUUCGCCUCGAACGCUCCCCGGCCGACGGAUGUCUCCAAUAAAAAAUUAAAAUAAUAAUAAUAAUAAAUAAGAGAGAUCUGCUUGUUUCUAGGCAAGUUAGUGCGCUUCAUAUGGCCUUUAAAAGCGAGGGGGCAUUAGGAGAAUAGGUGUGACAGGACGGGUCUGUUCGGAUAUGGCUGUGAGCAUCACGGAGCCGCUCAUCCAGCCGUGCGCCUACCAUGAAGCUUUCAAAGGAGAUGAGAUGUGAUGCUGCGCCUGCUUGUUUAAUCAUUAAGUGGUGGUAGAAAGAGGGGCAGGGGAACUGAUGUGUGAUUGCUGUGUGGUCAGUGGAGCUACAGGUGAAGAGACCCCUGAUGCCCGUCCAGCUGAGUCCCGAGCAGGUGGGCCUGGAGAUGCUGUGUCUCUGCGGGCAGCUGGACCUCCUCAUCAGGGCGCAGACGCAGCAGUUCCAGGAGCAGUUAGGACAAGGCUGCAGCCCAGAGGAGUCAGACACUUUCCAGGCUCAAGGAUCAGAGAUUCUCAACCACAUGCUGCAGUGCCUUGAACACCUACCAAAGCCUAUGCCCCAGCUGGAGGACUACCUGGACAUGGUGGGUUUGUCAGCGAUGUUUCCUCGCGUAGAGGUGUUUCUCAUUCAAGGCAGCCCCGUCGACAUGCUGGAGAGCCCACAGAUGGACGAAUACUUCUUCCAUGUGGCUAAACUGAACCAGCUCCUGGUGCUGAGUCAGCAGCUAGAAGAGGAUAUCAGGCACCUUGGGAGUCAUAAGUACAUCGCCCACCAGCUCUCGGUCAUAUAUCAAGUCAUCAGCUCUUUCAGGGGAAUCCAGGUCUUCUCUGAAAUCAAGAAGGAUAUUGAGGCCAAUUUCAAGCAGAUGAAGCAGUCUCUGGUUGCAGAGGAAGGCUCCAGGCAUGAACCACAGCUGGCUGCUCAUUAUAUCAACUGGAUAUUAGAAAUAACUCAAAGCUUAACGUCCGCCGUGUUGUCUCUGCCAGAGGAGCUGAUGGAAGACGUUCACCAGGCCGUGUCCUUCAUGUCCCAUUUCAUCUCCUGACUCUGACUGGACGCCUCUUUAAUCGAGAGGCUCCUGCUUCUGAACGAACUGAUGAUGAUAUGACUGUGAAAAGGUGCUACUCAGUUUGAUUCAGCUGAAUAAUGGUGGGACUGGAAAGCCUACGUACAUUUCAAAAUCACUUUUUUUUUUCUUUUUUUUUUAAUGUUGUGUUCCUGAAUGUGGCCCUUAAUUGUCCCCGUGCUGAGUGAGUUAUUUGGGAUUGAAUGUAAGCCUGUUGAAUCCCUUCUUGCACUAAUGUUAUAACUACUGACACAUUUUUAAAGCGGGAUAAUAAAACUGGAUGCAAUAGGG